AUUUCUGAUUGGAUCAUUGAAACCCAGCAGCCAGCAUGCUUUUCGUUAGUUUUAGCCAUCUCGAGCUUUAGCUCUCUGAUAAAAAGUCUGACUACGACAAUCAACAGUGAUGGGAGAGGCGCCUGCGGUGAUCCUCCAGCACCUGAAGAGUGUCAGGUGGUGACGGUGCAAAAGCAAUGGUGUUCUGUCUGACACAAUGAAGAAGAUAUUCAGCUUCACCAAGAGGAAGAAACACCCGUCCGGUACUCCCGACAAUGGGAGUGUGCUUUCUGUUGGCUAUGAACUUAAAGAAAAGGACCUCGGGAAGGUUCACAAGGCUGCCUCAGUGGGUGAUUUGGCAAAGCUCAAGCAGCUUGUCAAAAAGAAUGAUAUCAAUCAACUUGACAAGGAGAACAGAACUGCACUUCAUAUUGCCUGCGCCAGUGGACAUGUUGAGGUGGUGCAAUUCCUCGUUGAGAGCAAAGCUAAGCUUAACCUAUGCGACAAUCAAAAUAGAUCUGCCUUAAUGAAGGCAGUGCAGGGCCAACAUGAGCGCUGUGUGAGCAUACUGCUGGAGAAUCAUGCCGAGCCUAACCUCGUGGACGUCAACAGCAAUACAGCCCUGCAUUUGGCAGCGAACAUCCCAUCCAUUUCCACUACUGUCCGGCUGCUGGAGCACGAGGCGGACAUCAAUGCACAAAAUAAGGAUGGAUUCACACCCUUGAUCGUGUCAGUGCGGGAGGACCAUAUCGAGAUGGCUGAGUUUCUCCUCAAGGAGGGUGCUGGUGUAAAUGUUAUGGACCAAGCCCAAAGGUCCCCAUUAAUGAUUGCUGCUGGUAAUGGACAAAUUAGUAUGUUGCGACUGCUCCUGCGCUUUGCUGCAGAUAUCACACUAAAGGAUACCAAAGGAUGGUCAGCUGAUGACUACGCAGUGAUGAAUGGUCAUCAUCCUUGUUCCCUCCUCAUCAUUGAGCACAGCACUCAGAGGAAUGAUGGGCCUUCCCUCUCCAAUCAAGAUCCCAGCAAAAAGAAGAAAAAAACACUGUUAGGCAGUCCUUCCCAAGCUGCUGAAGCAGGCUUCUCUUUGGGAGGACCAGCCACUGACAAAGAUGAUUUUGAAGACAAUUCUCAAUCGGAGUCACUAAGUCGGGUUUCAAAAAGUGCUGCAGAUGAAUGGGCUUCGUCAGAAGAUGAUGAUGAAUCGGUUUUAAUCGAAAAGAAACCACAUAAGGUAAACCUAAGGCAAAUGAUUGCAUCUAAAAGAGGAGAAGCUUCCGCACUGCCUGACAGAUCCUUGAGCGGUACAGAAUCUGAGCCAGAGAGUGAGAAUAGAGUCCAGAGAAUUCCAUCCCUCCCGAAUGCUUUACCAUCCAGCAAAGCUCUGCAGCACCCAGUAGAUCCCUCUCCCAUGUCCUUCCUUUCCAAAGCACCUCAGACGACAUCUACCCCUCUUCCAAGCUACAGAAAGAAAGAAGAUUCCACUGGGGAUGAGGAUGUUAAUGAGGAGGAGGAGGAGGAGGAGGAGGAAGAUGAUGAAGAAGAAGAAGACGUCUCAGAUGAAAACGAUGAACCUGAAGAGAGCGGAGAGUCCCUUGACGCCACUCCAGCUGUUCCUGAAACAGAAGUCUCUAAAGAUAAGAAAAGAGAUUUCCUGUCCGAGCUGGGUCUAGAGAAGGGAGAGGAGGAGCAGGAUUCCUGGGACUCUGAGUCCCACUCCGAAAACCCCGAUAUGCCACGUGCAGAGAAACAAAGCCUGAACACUCAGAAUCAAGAACAGAUGACCACUGCUGAGCAGCAGAUUAAAGAAAUUGAGAUCAAUAAUGACGAUAACGGGGCUGCACAAGUUGAGAGAGACGAUUCUAUACAGAAAGAGACGGAGAAGGCAAAAUGGAAACCCCUCCGUGUUCUGAGCAAACUUGAAGGAGAUGGCGAACGAAAGACGGACUUAAUGGAAGAGUUUGGUCUCGGUGACGUUGAUGAUCUUGAAGAUCCAUCUGACUGGGACUCAGCCAGCACCGCCAGUAGGAGAACCCUGCCUGGCCGCAGAAUGCCCUCCCCGGGCCUUGAGGAGUUCCCAGAAUGCUCCAGAGAGCAGGAUGAAGACAUUGCUCCAGCAGCGCCCCCGAUACCUCAGAGGAGCAUCAACUCCGACAAGACGCUGCCCAGCACACCCCUUCAGCCCGUGCCCCAACCCCAGCCUCGACCAAGGAAGAUGGCGCUUCAGAAACCAGACAGUGAAGAAGAAUCAGAUUGGGAGCCAGACAAUGUCGUGUCCUUUUGCAACAAAGCCAAAAUUGACAAUCAGUUGCAAAAUAUAGCUGAGCUCCAGACAGAGGUCACACCAGGUUCCACCGAGCUCUCACCGAUGUCUAAAGACGGUAAAAGUAGAAGAGUAGAGUCUGACGAGCAGCAGCAAAAGGAGAUAGAUGAUGCAAUAGAUACACGUGCGUUAGAUCUGAAUAACCCAUAUCCAUCUGGCCGUGUGAGCUCUGAUGGUAGAGAGAAAGAAACCGCCAGCGUUCCAUGGGAGAAUCGCUACGAGAAGCUCUGGGUGGAGGUGGAAAAAAGGGAGGUCAAAUCCACCUUCAAGAAUGUUGCCGGGGAAUUGAAAGAGAAGUUCGGAGAACUGCUCGAAUCGAGACACCCCGCUGAAGAAGAACGCGCCGCGGCUGAAUCUACUUCUGCAGAAGAAGAGUCGAGCGAUGAGGAAGAUGGGGAAGCCAUUGUGCGCCCCAUGGCCAGAGCGAGAAGCACCGUCCUCCUCACCAUACCUGAGCAGAGGGAGUCCGGGCCGGAAGACUCUGUCACGGAGUCAACGGACGACUCCUCGUGCGAGGACGCCAUGCAGGUCCGCGAGCCCCCAGCUCGGGAGAGCGGCAAGUGUCGAGAGCCAGUUCUAGAGGAGUGCGGGUCUCCUCCACCUCAACGCGCCACAGCACGGGCAGACCGCUGCAUAGCUCCUGUUACCACAGCUGUUACUGAUGAUCGACGCAUACCCGUGUCUGAUAUUGACCGGAGCACAUUCCGAAAAGAGGAGGCCACAUGUGGGUCAUUCCAGAAGCCACAUCUGGACCUAAUCCGGAGGGACAGCGCUGCCGACGUAGAGGAAGCUGAGAGGAACAAUGCCAGUUCAGAAGAGGAUCCUGAGGAAGUCACCAAGUCUCGCCGCCCCUCAGGAAGCAGACGUUCGGCAUCUAUCCCAGGUGUUUCUGAUGAAGAGCUGGAAGAGGACAUGGAAAGAUUUAAACUUGAGGUAGGGCUCCUGAAGUAUGUCUUCCUGGAUUUGGAGAAAGAAAAGGCCCAACUCCAGAAUGAGGUUGCCGAGGAGACGACAGAGACCGCAUCGGAGGCGCAAAAAUCCAUAACUUCCUGUGAUACUGGUGGAAUGGCUUUGGAAAAAGCGGAUACUGAGAAACCUGAGACCAGGUCAGGAUCCCUGUCAAGUGGAGCUGGAGCAACGCACCAGGAACAGCAGUCUGCGGCCAACAUGAGCAUCAACGGGGCACCAGUGCAAUUGCAUCUCCCGCCCCAGCGGACCGACAAUAGCAACAAACAGGAGGGACACGCUGUAGAGGAGACCUUACAGCUGGAGCUGGUCAGGGGGGCCCGGCGCAGCAGAGCCCCUCAGACCAACACUCAUGUCAAUGGAGAUCCUCUGUCGGUGUUUGAUGAUAGCUCUUUAAGUGAUUUGUCCGACGAUGAAGGAAGUGAAAGACACAAAAACAAGAACCUUGAUGAAGUCGGGAUGACAGGAGACUUUGAUGAGCUCACUCAGUCGUCCGACACAGCCACAGACGACAUCGACUCUCCCACUUCAGGCUAUCGCCACGCAUCCCUCCUCAUCCAGAAGCUGGACUCGGUCACUUUAGACUCGAGAAGCAUGGUGAAGCUGCAGAACAUUUUCCACGAAUACGAGCGCUGCAUCCAAAAGGCGAGGAGUCGCCACGGCUACCUGGCAGACAAGGUGAGCCAGCUGGACAUAGAGAGGGCUGAGUUGAAGAGCUCCCUGGAGGAAGUUAAAGAUGUGAAAUCUGCCUUGGAGCGCAACCAGCUGGAGCUGCAGACUGAAGUCACAAACCUCAAAUUUCAGCUGAAGCAGGAGCAGGAGAAUCGCCGAAACGCCACCAUGAUGUACAACACGACCAGAGAUAAGCUGAGGAGGAUGGAGGAGCAGCAUCAGUUGGAGGUACAGGAGAGACAGAAGGUGGAGCUCUCCCUCAGGAAUCUGGAGCUGGAGAUGAGAACACUGGUCAACAACAUGAAACAGCUUGAAGAGGACCACAGUGAGACCCAGAGACUGCUGGCUCAGGAGCGCAGUGCUCGGACGCUGCAGGAGAACCUGCUCAGCAGCCAUCUUCGAAAGCAGCAGGAGAUCGAGGCCGACAACAAAAGAAACAUAAGCAGAAGCAAUGAGGCCUUGUCUCAGCUCACUGAAGCCAGUGACAGGGAGCGGGAGUUGCUGCAGCAGAGUGCAACCUUCCAGGAUCAGCUGACCAUCCUGAGAACUGACCUCGAGCGAUCGCACGCCAACAGCAGUCUGAAAGAGAGCCACCUUUUGGAUGAGAACGAGGCUCUCAAGGAGCAGCUGGAAGAUGCUCGGCGAGAUCUCAAACUCAACGGCGAAGCCCUGACCCAGACUGUCUUCAACUGCAACAACCAGUUGACCACGCUGAAGUCGGAGUUAACUAUGGCGACAUCGCGUCUGGAAAACGAGCGGCAGACCCGCGAAACACUGGAUGCGGAAGUUGAGUCCACUCGUAUCCGCCUGGCCGGAGCCGUAAAGGAGGCGGAGCUCUGCAUGGCAGCUCGCGCAGACACAGAGAAAGCUCUGCUCCGGGAGAAAGAGGAACACCAGCGUCUUAACGACAGACUCACAGGUGAAGCAGCCAGUCAACGCGAGGCAGUCAACGGCCUGUCCCAGAAGCUGGCCAAGGCGGAGACUCGUGCAAACAGCAUGGAGAAUGAAGUUCAUCGGGCCACACUGCAGCUGACAGAGAAAAGCCUGCUGCUGGAGGUCCUACAGCGGGAGAAGGACCAGGCGGCGGUACGUAUCAAGGAGCUAGAAUCGUCCCUCCAGGUCGAGAGGGAGCAGAUCAGCCGUGUCGGAGCGCGCCAGGAGGCCACGCAGGAGCGGCUAGCCCAAACCCAGAGCGAAGGCAUGCUCCUGCGGCAACAGCUAGAGGAGGCCCAAAACAAAGGCGUUGCAAAGGAGCAUGCUGUGACUGACGCCCAGGAGCGCUUCAGUGACAUUCUGUCCAAGCUGCGCUCUGACAGCGAGGAGCGAGUGCAACUAGUGGAGGAGAGGACUAAGGAGCUCGCCACUAAAGCCGCUGAUCUCCGAGAUCAGAUCUACAAAUUAGAGGAAGAGAAGAACGAAAGAGAGACUUGUCUAAGGCAGCUGCAGCAGGAGCUAGCUGACUCACUGAAGAAGCUGUCCAUGAGCGAGGCCUCUCUGGAGGUCAACACACGCUAUCGCAAUGACCUGGAGGAUGAGAAGGCCCGGCACUUUAAAGACUUGGACAGGGUCAAAGGAAAGCUGGAAGAAAGCGAAGACCAGUAUGUGCAAGCUGAGAAACGUAUUAACGGUCUCAAGAGCGUUCUGGAUGAAAAGGAAAAGGAACUCGCCACCGCUGCUCAGAAACACCAGGAGGCGCUGUCAGCCUCAGCAGCUUCUGGGACCACCAUCAAACAGCUGGAGGAAGCUGUGCAACAGCUCGAGAUAGAGAACGCCCGGCUGGAAGCUGCUGCAAAGCAACAGUCCAACAAAAUUGAAGCGCUUCAGAAAGGGGCUCAGGAAUCUGCCAUGCUAUCUGACUGUGCACCUGGAGGAGGGGUCAGAGGUCAUUUGGAGAACUUGGUUACAAACCUCCAAAGCAGUAAGAUGUCUUUGGAAGACCAGCUCACUCAUGAGGUCCAGAAGCAAAGCUUGCUGUCUCACACAGCCCAGGACUCUCAGGCCUUGUGGGAGGAGGAGCUGAAGAGCCGCUCUAAGUUGAGUCUGCGCCUGGCAGAGCUUGAAAAGGAAAAGGGAGACCUGAGCACCCAGAUGGUAAUAGAAAAGAAGAAAGCCAAAAAAAUAGCGGAGCAAAAGAAGGCUGUCGACACCCGGCUGGAUCAGGAGAUGAAUAGAAACACAGAGCUCCAAAAAGAAAUGUACAGGUUGCGUACUUUAUUGAAGACCGCUAAGAAGAAGUUGCGGGAUCAGGACACGGGUGGAGCUGAGUUUGGCUCUCCUAUGAGUAGUCUACGGAUGGACCAAGGCAGACACGGCCAGGCCGAGGGUUCCUUUGGACGAAUGAAAGAUAAGGUGGACGACCUGCAGGUGGAGCUGGAGAAGGAGGGGUCCCGUCGCAGCCAGCUAGAGAAGGUGAACGGAGACCUCAAGGAUCAGCUGGCCUCCCUGAAGAGCUCCAGCAGCAGUAGUGACCAACUGGAGAGGAGCAAGAGGCAGCUGGAGGAGGAAGUGCUGGACCUUAGACGGCGAAUGGAGGCUUCUCAGAUGGAGCAGAGCCACGUGGAGCAGUACCGCCUCGACGCAGAGGAGCGGGCUCGUUACGAGAUAAAACAGAAACUGGAGCAGGUCAACAUCUUCCUGCAGUCCCAGGCAGCAUCCCAAGAAGCACUGGAUCAGAUCAAAGCGGCCAAUGAGACCAACCUGCGCUCCCAGCUGGAGCAGAAGAUCCGGGAGCUGGAGGGGGAACUGGGCCGCGCUCGCACCACCCACCACGACAGCCUCAACCAAAGAGACUCCACCCGCACGGAGCUCGAGCGAUACCGCCAACUCUACACAGAGGAGCUGCGGCUCCGCAAGUCGCUGGUUGCCAAACUAGAGAGGGCCAACAGUCGGCUCGCAGAAGCCAAUUCCAAGUUGCUCAAUGAGCGCAGCAAGUCUCUGAUCACCAGCGGCAUCGCAAACGGUAGCCUUGGAGGGCCCUCGCUGGACGUGGGCUCUUUGGGUUCACCAGCACACUACGGGGCCACACUGGGGCCCCUCAAUCGGAGCCUAGGCCUGGGACUCUCCCUCCUCAGCCCUGUAACUGAGGGGCAGAACAGCAGGGUGGAGGAUUACCUAGCCAGGAUGCAGAGUGAGUUGGAUAGAAACAUAUCAAAGGAACUGAACAGCGCCACGGCGGAGCUGGACGUGACUUCGGCCCGGCUGUCGCCCGUGGGCUCCGCCUCCAGGGUGGAGCUGGACCCCGUCAGCAGGGCGACGCAGCAGUACUUGGAGGUACUCAAGAUGAACAAUAUGAUCUGA